AUGGCCGUUUUUAAGAAGCUGAGAAAAUCGAAAGAUAAACAUCAUCAAAACGCUGCUGCAGCAUUGCCUGAACCUGAGCCUGUGAGGCAACUCGACAAACGAGUUGGUUUAGAGACAUAUCGUGAUUUUUUCACGUUGAAGAACUACUGGAAAGCCGUCGAUCGACGACGAGUGGACGCUGGCAAUCAACUUUUAUACAGGUCUUUGAAACCUGUUGAUCUUGUCAUCGCAAAAUGCACCACAUUCAUCACUCUCCCAUAA